AUGGAGAAUUUAAGAAGCAUAGCUAAAUUUCUCAGAGAUGGAGCUUUAUUCUUUCUUUUUCAGCAGUUGAGCUCUGGCAACCAUGCAUUUGCAGUUCCACCUUCGCAGUAUAAUCCACUUGAUGAGCCAAGUCCUUUGGGCUUGAGGCUAAGAAAAAGUCCAUCAUUGUUGGAUUUGAUCCAGAUGAGGCUCUCCCAAGAAAGUAGCCCUUCUGUUUCUGUGACAUCCAGUGAAGUUGCUGACUCUGGAAACAAGAAAGAUAUGAAGGGGAGUACCGCUUCAAGUGCAAACGACAAAUUGAAGGCUUCGAAUUUUCCAGCUUCAUUAUUGCGAAUUGGCAGCUGGGAGUAUGUGUCAAGGUAUGAAGGUGAUCUUGUGGCUAAGUGUUAUUUUGCGAAGCAUAAGCUUGUCUGGGAAGUUCUCGAAGGUGGCCUCAAGAGUAAAAUAGAGAUCCAGUGGUCUGAUAUUACAGCUCUGAAAGCUGAUUAUUCUGACAAUGCUCCUGGCACUUUAACCAUAGUGCUAGCUAGGCAACCUGUCUUUUUCCGGGAGACCAAUCCACAACCCAGAAAACAUACUUUGUGGCAGGCGACCACUGACUUUACUGAUGGGCAGGCUAGCAUAAAUAAGCAACAUUAUAUACAAUGCCCUCCAGGCGUGCUAAAUAAGCAUUAUGAAAAGCUUAUCCAGUGUGACAUGCGUCUCAGUAUUUUGAGCCGACAGCCUGAAAUAGUUAUGGAUUCACCAUACUUCGAAUCACAAGCUUCUGUUUCCGAAAAUUCAGAAGAAUCUAAAGUUGAUGGGUGCAGUCAACUGCCAGCUGGUGCUAUAGGAUCCCCUAUCUCUGUCUUCCAGGAUGCAGCAUCACCAGCUGCUGCACAGUUGCCUUCAUCCAGAAUUGGACAGAAACCUUUGACAGCUCAACAUGUAUCUAAAGAAGCGCCAUCACCUAGCUCAGUGAUGGACACACAAGCAAUUGAAGGGAACAAAAUGAGUGAUGAGCAGGAUUCUGGCGGUCGAAAAAGUUGGGAAUCAUUGAUGGUGCCAGGGCUACGCCCCUCUAUGUCAAUGAGUGAUCUUGUGAACCACAUUGGAAAUUGUAUUUCAGAGCAAAUGACUUCUGGAAGUUUACCCUUAGAGAAGGCAUCAGAAUGCCAAGACAUGCUGGAAAACAUUGCCCAAGUUAUGCUAAGCGACAAUCACUGUGCAACGGGUUUGGACGAGAAGUCACUAAUGAAAAAGGUGAACUCUCUCUGCUGCCUAUUGCAGGAUCCUGCCAUAGCUUCCAGUUCGCAAGUUGAUGGAGAGAACCGUCUUGAAGUUGCUGAUCGUGGGAAAAACGUGUACUUUGACCUUGUGAAUGAUUCCACACACGAGAAGGCUAAUAACAUCAUACAGGCUCCUGAAGGGAAUUUUAAGGAUGGCUCUGGUUGUAAGCAGGCACCUUCCAUGGCGAGAAAAGAUUCAUUUGGGGACUUGCUUCUCCAUCUUCCCCGUAUUGCUUCUCUUCCAAAGUUUCCAAAGUUCUUGUUCGGUAUAGCAGAAGAUGAUGAAUACCAAGCUACAUAAAUUGUUUCUUUAGCUGUAUAAGUUGAUAGCAACUAGGGUAGCUGGUUUUGGUUUCUCUUAUUGGAAUCUGUGGUUUAGAAGGCUUUGAUUUGUAACUUCAUCCUGGCAUUUGAAGGGAUUCUGAGAUUAAUGUUUAUGAAGAAUCCUGAUGGUAUAGCAUAAGGAUAGGACUGUGACUUCCCUGUUGUUUUCCAGGUUAGACGAGAUUGUCUGCUUUGGUUCUGUAAAUAAAUUAGCAUUGAUCCCCUAGUUCAUAUUUCUGGCUGAAGUCCUCCGCUCUGAAAAAGAAGCAAGCAGUGAUUGGCUAAGUAUUCAUAUACCGUUCCCUUAAUUUUCUUCACCAGGCUUUGUUUCUAACAUCCUUUUUCUUUUCUCCUCUUCUCCUUUUUGAUGAGUGAUGUUGUGCUUGUAACUCUAUCAAGUAAGAAUGGUUGAACUGUCUGAAAGUGUAAUUCUUGAGGUUGCUCAGACAGCUAUGUCAUCCAAUUAUUUCUGUA